CCCGGGCCGGGGGCAGCCCCCUCCCCGUCGCCCCGAGCCCCUCCCCCGGCCUGGAGCCCCUCCCCGCGCGCUUCCCCCUCUUCCCUCCCUCCCCUUCCCUUCUCUGCCUGCCCGGCCCUGCCUCCGCCUCCUGCGGCCACAGCCUCCGCCAGCGCCGAGCCCCCCGGAGCCGGAGCGCCGCGAAGGGGCGCCGCCGGCCCCUCCCCAGCGCGCUGACAGCAGGCUCCGGGGUCCCCGCCCCGUGCCCUCGCCGGCGGGACACACCCCCACCCCUCCUCUGCUCCUCCAGUUCCCGCCGGACCCACCGGGCGGCGGAGAGAGCGGGCGGGCGAGCCGGAGCGCGGCGGCGGCGCGGGAGGGAAGGGGCGCGCCGCAGGCCCACGGGGAGCUGCCCGGGCGCACCGAGCCCGCGUGCUCUCCAGGACCGUCCCCCGCCCCGGGGCCGUACCUGUGGGCUCCCGGAGCCGGGGCAGCGAUCGGCGCGCCGGGCAGAGGUGGCGAGUGGCCCCGAGGACCCGGGCAGCGAGAGAAGGAGCCAGAGCCCGGCCGGGAUGAGAAGGUGACGUCGCCGGGGGGGCGCUGCUCGCUUCGUGGGGGAAGAUGCUCGCCUACUGCGUGCAAGAUGCCACCGUGGUGGACGUGGAGAAGCGGAGGAACCCUUCCAAGCACUACGUGUACAUCAUCAACGUGACCUGGUCUGACUCCACCUCCCAGACCAUCUACCGGAGGUACAGCAAGUUCUUUGACCUGCAGAUGCAGCUUUUGGAUAAGUUUCCCAUCGAAGGUGGUCAGAAGGACCCCAAGCAAAGGAUCAUCCCCUUCCUCCCAGGCAAGAUCCUCUUCCGGAGAAGCCACAUCCGAGACGUGGCUGUGAAGAGGCUGAAGCCCAUCGACGAGUACUGCCGGGCACUUGUCCGGCUGCCUCCCCACAUUUCGCAGUGUGAUGAAGUCUUUCGAUUCUUUGAGACUCGACCUGAGGAUGUCAACCCACCAAAAGAGGAUUAUGGCAGUUCCAAGAGGAAAUCAGUGUGGCUGUCCAGCUGGACUGAGUCUCCCAAGAAGGACGUGCCAGGUGCCGACAGCAACGCCGAGCCCAUGAUCCUGGAGCAGUAUGUGGUGGUUUCCAACUAUAAGAAGCAGGAGAACUCGGAGCUGAGCCUCCAGGCCGGGGAGGUGGUGGAUGUUAUCGAGAAGAAUGAAAGUGGCUGGUGGUUUGUGAGCACCUCUGAGGAGCAGGGCUGGGUCCCUGCCACCUACCUGGAGGCCCAGAAUGGUACUCGGGAUGACUCGGACAUCAACACCUCCAAGACUGGGGAAGUGUCCAAGAGACGCAAGGCCCAUCUGCGGCGCCUGGAUCGCCGGUGGACCCUGGGCGGGAUGGUCAACAGGCAGCACAGCCGAGAGGAGAAGUACGUCACUGUGCAGCCUUACACCAGCCAAAGCAAGGACGAGAUUGGCUUUGAGAAAGGCGUCACCGUGGAGGUGAUUCGGAAGAAUUUGGAGGGCUGGUGGUACAUCAGAUACCUGGGCAAAGAGGGCUGGGCACCAGCAUCCUACCUGAAAAAGGCCAAGGAUGACCUGCCAACCCGGAAGAAGAAUCUGGCAGGUCCAGUGGAGAUCAUCGGGAACAUCAUGGAGAUCAGCAACCUGCUGAACAAGAAGGCAUCUGGGGACAAAGAGACUAUACCAGCCGAAGGCGAGGGCCCCGAGGCCCCCAUUGCAAAGAAGGAGAUCAGUCUGCCCAUCCUCUGCAACGCCUCCAAUGGCAGUGCCCUGGGUGUCCCUGAGAGAACUAUCUCCAAGCUGGCCCAGGGCUCUCCAGCCGUGGCCAGGAUUGCCCCUCAAAGGGCUCAGAUCAGCUCCCCGAACCUAAGGACAAGACCUCCGCCACGCAGAGAAUCCAGCCUGGGGUUCCAACUGCCAAAGCCCCCAGAGCCCCCUUCCGUUGAGGUGGAAUACUACACCAUUGCCGAGUUCCAGUCGUGCAUUUCUGACGGGAUCAGCUUCCGGGGUGGACAGAAGGCAGAGGUCAUCGAUAAGAAUUCAGGCGGCUGGUGGUAUGUGCAGAUCGGUGAGAAGGAGGGCUGGGCCCCCGCGUCAUACAUCGAUAAGCGCAAGAAGCCUAACCUGAGCCGCCGCACAAGCACGCUGACCCGGCCCAAGGUACCCCCACCGGCACCCCCCAGCAAGCCCAAGGAGGCGGAGGAGGCUCCUGCGGGGGCCAGCGAGAGACAGGACUCACCGCUGAAGCUCAAGUACGAGGAGCCUGAGUAUGACAUCCCUGCUUUUGGCUUCGACUCAGAGCCAGAGCCGAGUGAGGAGCCUGCGGAGGACAGAGGCUUGGGGGACAGGCGGCCUGCCCAGCCCCACCGGGCCUCGCCCACCUCCUCGCUGCAGCGGGCCCGCUUCAAGGUGGGCGAGUCUUCAGAGGACGUUGCCCUGGAGGAGGAGACCAUCUAUGAGAAUGAGGGCUUCAGGCCAUAUGCAGAGGACACCGUGUCAGCCAGGGGAUCCUCCGGGGACAGUGACUCCCCAGGGGGCUCCUCGCUGUCCCUUGCCAGGAAAAACUCCCCCAAGUCAGGCUCCCCCAAGUCAUCAUCGCUCCUAAAGCUCAAGGCUGAGAAGAAUGCACAGGCAGAAUUGGGGAAGAACCACUCCUCGGCCUCCUUCUCCUCGUCCAUCACCAUCAACACCACCUGCUCCUCCUCCUCCUCCUCCUCCUCCUCCCUGUCCAAGAACAGUGGCGACUUGAAGCCCCGCUCUGCCUCGGACGCAGGCAUCCGUGGCACUCCCAAGGUCGGGGCGAGGAAGGACGCUGAUGUGAAGGUGGGGCUGACCUCCUGUGCCCGGGCCAAGCCAUCGGUCCGGCCCAAGCCAUUCCUGAACCGAGCAGAGUCACAGAGUCAGGAGAAGAUGGACAUCAGCACUUUACGGCGCCAACUGAGACCCACGGGCCAGUUCCGGGGGGGUCUCAAGGGCUCCAAGAGUGAGGAUUCAGAGCUGCCCCCUCAUAUAGCCUCCGAGGGUCCCGGUGAGGGGUCUAGGAGAGGCUCAGCCGACCUCAUCACCCUCCCGGCUGCCACUCCCCCGUGUCCCACCAAGAAGGACUGGGAAGGGCAGGCCACUUCCUAUGUGACAUGUAGUGCCUACCAGAAGGUCCAGGACUCAGAGGUCAGCUUCCCCGCAGGCGUGGAGGUGCAAGUGCUGGAGAAGCUGGAAAGCGGAUGGUGGUAUGUGAGGUUUGGGGAGCUGGAGGGCUGGGCCCCCUCCCACUAUCUGGUGCUGGAAGAGAGCGAGCAGCCUGACCUCCCUGGCAAAGAGCCAGACGCCAUAACUGCUAAGAGCAAGCAGAACGAGGGCAAGUCAGACAGCCUGGAAAAGAUCGAAAAGCGGGUCCAAGCACUGAACACCGUCAACCAGAACAAGAAGGCUACGCCACCCAUCCCCUCCAAGCCCCCGGGGGGCUUCAGCAAGACUUCAGGUGCCGCAGCGGUAAAGAUGAGGAACGGCGUGCGGCAGGUGGCGGUCAGGCCCCAGUCAGUGUUUGUGUCCCCGCCACCCAAGGACAACAACCUGUCCUGCGCCCUACGGAGGAACGAGUCGCUCACAGCCACUGACGGCCUCCGAGGCGUCCGCCGGAAUUCCUCCUUCAGCACCGCCCGCUCAGCGGCUGCCGAGGCCAAGGGCCGCCUGGCCGAAAGGGCCGCCAGCCAGGGCUCAGACUCCCCGCUGCUGCCCACCCAGCGCAACGGCAUCCCCGUGUCCCCCGUGCGCCCCAAGCCCAUCGAGAAGUCUCAGUUCAUCCACAAUAACCUUAAGGAUGUGUACAUCUCUAUCGCAGACUACGAGGGGGAUGAGGAGACAGCGGGCUUCCAGGAGGGGGUGUCCAUGGAGGUUCUGGAGAGGAACCCCAAUGGCUGGUGGUACUGCCAGAUCCUGGAUGGGGUGAAGCCCUUCAAAGGCUGGGUGCCCUCCAACUACCUUGAGAAAAAGAACUAAUGGAGGGCCUGGGGUCCUUCCAGCCUCAGUGUGCCGCCCACUGGAUGAGCGGUGAGAUGAAGACAAGAGAGAAAGGAAAAAAUGGGAGGGGGUGGGGGACGGGCAAUAUUAACCUCUGUGGGAUGUGUGACCUCAAAGAUGCCCCCUUCCAGGCUGUCCCCCAGCUGAAAGGUAGGGUACAGUGGGGACCCACAUUAAGUAGGGAAGGGAAUGGGCAGAGGAGUCCCAGGCCUGGGACCCAGAGAUGAGAAAGCAGAGACUCAUGUGCACCUUGGUGACUUCACCUAUGGACUAUGCACUAUUUGGGACAGGCCAUGUGGGAAAUCCCAGUGGUGCCUUUGCUACAAACCUGGAAAAGAUGUGGUCAUGGGGGCCUCCGGUGUCCUGCCCUGCUUGGCUCAGUUGUGGUAGCUGUCAUCUUGCCACCAGAGUUAGCCUUGUAUUGUCCUCAUCUGUAUUUGUGGAUUGUGCUAGUUUCCCAGGGAUUGCCACCCCCUGCCACAGGUGGGUGCAUUAGAAGACACCACCGGCUCUGGGGCUUGGAGGUGCCUCUUGUGAGCUCAGCCCAUCCCUGGGCCAGGCCACUGUCCGUGUCUGUUAGUUGAAGAGAAAGCAGCUCCCAGCUGCCAGCAAGGACCUCCUUUCCUAGCUGUCACUGGCCUGGCCUUGGGAAGAGAGGCUGCCCUCUUUGAGGCACUCCACAGAGGACACAAUCAGUACCAGAGUUUACAGAGAGGUAGGGUAAAGCCUCAGUCUCUUCGUAAUCUGCACAGACUGUUUUGGAUAUUUCUGGGUGGGUAGUUCCUUCGCAUGUUUCAGAACAGGUUUAUUGAUUUGGGGGCUAUACAUCAGACCUUUGGUUUUGGUCUUAUUUUAGGGGUUGUUUGGGGGCCCAAAGGUGGUCAGCCUCACAUGGGAAAGGGGUGGGUAGUGUUUGGGGCUUUUCUAUUGUACUCUUGUGGGGGGAUCGUUUUGGUUUUGGUUUUGUUUCACGUUUUUCCCCCUCCAUGAGCCGGAGUCGUUUCAUUUGGUUUCUUUCCACAGUGUGGACAGUGCCUGAGCACGGCACUUGCCAGAGGGACUUGGGGCUGAGUAUGCCCCAGGUCCCAGACAUGGCGAAGCAGAGAAACUGUUCUUCUGGUUCCUGCCCAACCUCGGUGGGGCGAAAACCCUCUCUAGGAGGAGGAGGGUAUUGUUCAGGAGCCAGGCUUUUGGUGAGAAGGCAGCUCCCAGGCUGUUGGUUGACCACCAUUCUGUGUUAUGUUCUCCCCCUUGGGCAGAGCCAAAGCCUUACCUACGAACUGUGGAGAAGCAGCCUGGGACCAGCCGGGUCCCGGGGUCAGACUGAAGCAAACAUCACCAACCGCCCCCUUUGGCCCGCUGGCAACACCACAGGUGCCCGAGAAGGUGGAGGAUCCCUGUGCCUGGAGCUAAGCUGGUCUUCCCGAGGGGCGGUGCCCCAGUAAAGAGAGAAGCAAGAGAAUAAAGUUCCCUGCGGGUCCUCUGUCAA